AUGAGGACUCGAAGCAAGCAAAAGGGCCCCACGGAUGCCGAGAAGAUGCGUGUCCUCGUUGCGCACGAGCAAGGUGAAGACUCGAGGGUGGUCGCCAAGCACAAUAGCGUAGCCAUGACAACCGUACGCCGCGUCAUUAACAAGGGUAAUGUCAACAAUCUGCCGCGUGGAGGAACACGCCUGGGACGUACGAAAGUGACACCAGCGAUCCGAGAGGCAUUAGAGAGAUAUGUGGACAAUAACUGCACGUACACCCUGACCGCCACGAAGCAUUUCAUUGCCAACGACUUCCCCGGAACCGACCUGUCCCUGUAA